CCUCCUCCUCCUCCUCCUCCUCCUCCUCCCGCCAUGACCACCCCCGCUCUGCUGCCCCUCUCCGGGCGCCGGAUCCCGCCCCGCAACCUGGGGCCCUCGUCGUCGUCCUCCUUCCCCCACCACCGGGCCACCCUGAGGCUCUCGGAGAAGUUCAUCCUGCUGCUGAUCCUCAGUGCCUUCAUCACGCUGUGUUUCGGGGCCUUCUUCUUCCUGCCGGACUCGUCCAAGCACAAGCGCUUCGACCUGGGCCUGGAGGACGUCUUGAUCCCCCACGUGGACACCGGCAAAGGCGGGAAGAGCGGGGGCGGCUUCCUCAUCCACGGGCAAGGGCACGACCAGCACAGGCACAGGGAAGAAGAAGAACGUUUGAGAAAUAAAAUUCGUGCGGAUCACGAGAAGGCUCUCGAGGAAGCGAAAGAGAAACUGCAGAAGUCGCGCGUUGAGAUCCAAGCCGAAAUCCAGACGGAGAAGAACAAGAUCAUGCAGAGCCUGAAGAACAAAGGCAUCAAGCCUUUGCCCCCAGUCCCUGUGCCGAACCUCGUCGGGAUCAAGAGCAGCGAUCCCACGGACCCUGACGUUCGAGAAAAAAGGGACAAGAUUAAAGAGAUGAUGAAACAUGCCUGGGAAAAUUACCGACAAUACGGAUGGGGACAUAAUGAACUGAAACCCAUUGCUAGGAAAGGACAUUCUACAAACAUAUUUGGAAAUUCUCAGCUGGGUGCCACUAUAGUAGAUGCAUUGGACACACUCUACAUUAUGGGCCUUCAAGAUGAAUUCAAAGAAGGGCAGGACUGGAUUGACAAUCAUCUCGACUUCAGUGUGAAUUCAGAGGUGUCUGUCUUUGAAGUCAACAUCCGCUUCAUCGGUGGCCUGCUCGCAGCCUAUUAUCUUUCAGGACAAGAGGUGUUCAAGAUAAAAGCGGUUCAGCUAGCAGGCAAGCUGCUUCCUGCCUUCAAUACACCCACAGGAAUUCCUUGGGCCAUGGUGAAUUUGAAAAGCGGUGUAGGUCGCAACUGGGGCUGGGCUUCCGCCGGCAGCAGCAUCCUGUCUGAGUUUGGGACCCUUCAUAUGGAAUUCGUACACCUGAGUUACCUGACGGGCAACCCAGUUUACUACGACAAGGUCAUGCAUAUUCGAAAACUGCUUCAAAAGAUGGACCGCCCUAAUGGGCUUUAUCCAAAUUACUUGAAUCCAAGGACUGGGCGCUGGGGACAGCAUCACACCUCCAUGGGCGGCUUGGGAGACAGCUUUUACGAGUACUUGCUGAAGGCCUGGCUGAUGUCAGAUAAGAUGGACACGGAAGCAAGGAAAAUGUAUGAUGAUGCUAUUGAGGCCAUAGAGAAGCAUCUCAUCCGAAAGUCCAACGGAGGCCUCACUUUCAUUGGGGAGUGGAAGAACGGGCACCUGGAGAGGAAGAUGGGCCACCUCACGUGCUUUGCCGGGGGGAUGUUUGCCCUCGGAGCAGACGGCUCCCGAGACGACAAGGCUGGACACUAUUUACAGCUGGGAGCUGAGAUUGCACACACCUGCCACGAGUCGUACGACAGGACGACAUUAAAAUUGGGUCCAGAAGCUUUCAAAUUUGACGGUGGCGUGGAGGCAGUAGCGGUGCGGCAGAACGAAAAAUACUACAUUUUAAGGCCAGAGGUGAUAGAAACCUAUUGGUACAUGUGGCGGUUCACACACGACCCCAAAUACCGGCAGUGGGGCUGGGAAGCAGCACAGGUAACUGUUUUCUCUAUAAAAAGGUCCAAAGGUUUACAAUCAAACAAGUUCAACGAUUUACAGUCAAACCGUGCACAAGGCACGCUGAGCAUCGGAUUGCGGCCGAAAGAUCCAAGAGAGAAGCCGUUCCUUUGCCCCGAGUGCGGGAAGUGCUUCAGCCGGAACUCGCGCCUCGUCAACCACCAAAGAAUCCACACGGGAGAGAGGCCCUUCGAGUGCCCCGAGUGCGGGAAGAGCUUCGGCGACGUCUCGACACUCACCCAGCACCAGAGGACUCACACCGGUGAAAAGCCUUACGUGCGCGCCGAGUGCGGGAAGGGCUUUAUACAGAGAUCGCAUCUUACCAGACAUCGGAAAACCCACAUGGGAGAAAAGCCCUAUAAGUGCGCAGAGUGUGGGAAGGGAUUCCGGUACAAGACCCACCUUGUGCAGCACUACAGACUUCAUAUUGGGUAA